UACAUUUUGAUUUUUGACAUUACUCUGUGAUUUUGACAUAGAUGAACGUAAAUAGAAAAAAAAAUUGAGAUGGAAAUUGGAAAACAUUAUAUGUAAAAAGAUGGAUAAAAAUCAAAUAAAAUCAAUUAUAGAAGGCCUUAAAUCUACGUCAUCAUCACGCAUUCAAGAUACUCUCUUGAAAAUUCGGUCAAAUGUCAUAUCUUCCGAAAAAGGAAUUAAGAUUUUUCAUGAUUGUGGAGGCUUGAAUUGUUUACUUCCUCACCUCCGAAAACCUAAUGAAAGAAUUCUUGAUAUUACUUUAAGUAUUCUUGGAAAUAUUUGUUUGGAUGAAAAAUGCAGUGAAGCAGUGGGAGAGUUGAAUACUUUUGGCCCCUUGGUGUCAAUAUUAAACACUGUUUGUCGAGAUAGUAUACUCGGAAGGGCCUGCAAACUUAUUGGUAAUUUAGCUCAAAUUAAGACCAAUGCAGAAGGCCUGCAUAACCAUGGAGUGGUCAAAGCUUUGGUUGCUCUUAUUGAAGGCAGAGAUAAAACCACAUCUAAUCCAACUCUUACCAUGGCUGUAAGAGCUAUCAGGCAACUAUGGAUGAUAGCCGAAAAAAGGGAUGAAAUGCUAAGCUUGAAUGUUGUUCGUUGUGUAACUAUUUUAUUGACCACAGAAUGUGAAUCAAUUGGAUUAAUGAAAUCCACACACAUUGAUAAAGAAAUUGAAGUGCCUAGAAGGAGUCAAGAAGAACUUAUUAUUGGUAUACUUAAAUGCUUAGGAUACUUUACUACUUAUUCUAUACCGCAAUGUGCAGAACAGUUACAAGGAGAUGGCAGAGGCUACCAAUGCCUUGUAGCACUUACAAAAACAAAUGAGACUUUAGCACUAAAAUGUCUCAUGAAUCUAUGUUACAUGUCAGUGUGUCGCCCUCUGUUGGGAACUGCAGGACUGGUUGAAUGUUUAGUGAAUAUUUUAAAGAAAAAUCCAGAUGUUUCGUGGUGGCCAGAAGGUUCUAUCAAAGCUUUAGCUCAAUUAAGCGGCGAAUCUGUUAAUAGAUCUCGUUUACGACAUUGUGGUGGUUUACCGUUACUGGUUGCAGCUGCAAGAGUUGAUAGUCAUGCUAUGCAUGCACUUCUUCAAUAUGUUUUUGAUGAUACAGCAUUCCAAAUUAUGAUUAGUGAAGGGCUCGUUACUCUCCUUACUGAGAAACUUUCCAACUAUGUAAGUAAUAUGGAAAUUGAACACAACUUGAAUAGUGAAAGUUUAGAUGAAAAGAAAAAUAGCCGAACAGAGAAAGUAAAAGAUAUCCCACAAAUGUGUGAAGAAGCUACUGUGAAUGAGCAAAAUGAAAUAGGAGAAGAACUCAAAGUUGUGAUAGAAAGGGAUAACAUGAUUGUUGGUUUUGUUGAUGCAAUAGGCAGUGAUAGGUCUGACGACAGUGAUAAUGACAGUACAAAUCCAUCUUCAUCGCCAUCUAGACGAAAAGGUAUAAAACGCGGUCGCACAAGCCCAAAAAAUUCCAAAAAAAAACCGAAGUUAAUAAAAAUGGCUAAGAAGGAUUGGUCGGCGGGUGUAUAUUGGGAACCUAAGAGUCCAGAACCUAUUUCACCACAAUUCCCACGAAUGACUAGUCCAGAUAGAUCAGAUUUGAGUCCUUUGUCGCCGUAUUCUGAUGUAAAUUGGUCAGGAUUAAGUCCAGACUACAUGCCACAUUCCAGUAAGCGUUCUUGGGAUUGGAGUCCAGGAUCUGCAAGUUCCGACGGAAGUUCGCCCACACCAUAUAGAACAGAUUUUCCCUGGAGUCCAAGUAGUUCAGGUCCAGCCUCACCACUAAGUACUGAAGAUAGUUCAGAUUCUGAAGUGUCGGGGCGGUAUUCUCCCGUGUGUAGUGAAGGAGAAGAUGAAACCGAGAGCAAUAAACCCAAUAACAUGAAAUCUUCAAUAGACCCAGCUCAAGUAGCACAUGAAUUGGAAGAGCUUAUUAUGGACGACGACGAAAGUAGUGACGAAUCCCCAAAUGAAGAAAACAUCAAGCAGAUAACUAUAACAAAAACAUCUGGUAUAAUGUGUAUCUUGGUGCUACUUUUUCGUGUUUCUCACGGGGCUUGUACGAAUGGUAAUGAGAAUCGGGAAGAGAUGUCCAAUACUGUAGAUCUAUUAACUGGCCGCGAGUGUAUGAAUACGUUACUUGAUUAUGUAGAGAGGUGUAGGAGGCCGACCGGGAGAGCGGCAAGAAUAAUAGCUCGAGUUCUUAGCAACUCUUUAUGUCUCAUGAGUAUAUUGAAGCAUAGAUUUGUAAUUAGACUUCAUACUAUGUCGGUUAACUCAAAGCAUCCCCCUACAGAAUGUCGCCAAUGUAAACAACUUAUAAAGCUGGGCUCAAAGUUAUUAGAGCAGGUAACAAUUGUAGCUGAAUCAAGCCACGGAAUUGGUGAAAUCAGUUAUAAUCUACUAAAAGGGAGCCCUAAUUUGAAACAAACACUAUGCAUAACUUUACCACAUAUAGUGAAAACGGAGAAAGUAUUGAAGAAAUAUUUUGUGGAUUGUGAUGCAUUAAAUUUACUGUUUUCAAUUAUUUCCGAAUCAAAGGAAAAUAUCCAAAAUUGUGUAACAGCUUUAUCGAAAUUAGCAACAAAUGUUCAAAUAAAAGAUCCGAAGCUCUUGGAAAAUCGAUAUACAGAUUUUGUGUCCAUAAGUUAUGAUCCUAUAUUAGACAAUCUAGAAACGGAUGAUAUAGUUACAUUUGUGCUAGAUGACCAAUCCACUGUAAUAGCAAACAAAAACUUCCUGUGUCAAAAUUCAGAUGUCUUCAGUGUGAUGUUAACAGGAUCGUUUAAAGAGUCGUCUGAAAAAUAUGUCAGUCUUAAAAAAGUGACGAAACCAGCAUUGGAAUAUCUUUUAACACUUUUACAUUGUGGCUUAAAUGAGACGAAAUGUGAUAUUGAAGUGUUUCCCUUGAGUGAGAAUCUGAUGACUAAUUUAGAAGUACUCUUACUUGCAGAUAGAUUCUUGUUUGAUAAAAUAAAAUGUUUAUUGAGUAGUGCAAUAAUACAAUUCCAACUGACUCCUGAAAAUGCUGAUAAGAUCUAUAUUUGGUCAUUGGGUGAUGGCAUGGGAUAUUUGUGUGUGGAAGCUGUUGCAUACUUAUUAACUGGAAAAAUGGAUGAAGACCUAAGAAUAGCUUCCUUUCAAAAUAUCCUCGAAUUAGAAUAUAAGGAUCAAUGGCUGGAAGACAUAAAGUCUAUGAUAUUACGACAGUUGGUUAAAUAAGAACUUUUUUCAAAGCAAAAUAAUGUAGGUAGGUACCUUAUUUAGUAAUUUCACAUUGGAUUUCGCAACUAUACUUAUCAUUGCGUUAAAAAAUUGCCCAACUGCAUACUGAAAUAUUUUCUUACUUACAAUAAUUAUUAUAGUGCAUAAUUAAAUCUUCAAGUAUAUUUUAAUUGCUAUAGUAAUGUAAGCACAUGGGACAAAUUUGCAUUUAUCGUUUUAGCAAGUAUGAAAUAUGAAUGAUUUUAUCAUCAAACAUGUUUUUUUUUGUUUGAUAUAUUAUGUUUAUAAAUAUGAUAUAGACAAAUAACCACCGAAUUUAUUGUUAAAUAUAUUAUUAUGUAAAAACUAUUCUAUGGCUUUUUGGUUGGAUUGGAGAUUUAGCGUGUUAAUAAUGGUUAAUACAAAUAAUUUUCAACAGUAAUAGCAAGUUAUAGAUUGUUUAGAAAAAAAAAUAUGAUCGUAUUUUUAUUAAUUGACUUAAUUCUCGCUUAUGUACAUAAAAUUUAAUCGAUAAAAAUGUAUUAUUGAUACUAAAUUUGAGAAAUACAGUAAUUAAUUAUUUUUGUCACUUAAAACUUUAGGAUACAUUCACACAUUGUUCACACAGACCGGCUCGGAGAGGAUACCAGUUUCUUACCACUUAUCUCAUUAAUAUUUGAAAAAGUGGCAAUUAUUAAGUUCUAACACUUCUAACCGUGAAGUCGAUAUUUCGUUUCAAUGCCCCUGGUUUAUGAUAUAGGUACUUAGUAUUAAAGAUUUUAAAACUUAUGUUUGAAAUCUAACGAUGAAAUAAUAACGCACGUGAAUACCUAGAUAAUUGAUAAUUUUCAUUAGGUACAUUAAGUAAAAUACAUAUUUAAAUUGCCUGAGAUCAAAUUAGUUGAUCAAAAGAAUUGACAAAAAUAAUGUUAUAAAAUCUUGAGGGGUGUCAAGGGACACCCGGGUGUAACAAGUUUAAAGUUAGAGAGAGGCAGACAAAGAAACACGGUUUACAACUAUAUUUUUUCCAUCUAGGCCUCUUUCGCAACGCGCGAUAAGGAACUUCGUUCCAAUUAUAAAAAGUUGCAUACCUAUUUACUAAUUUUGUUUCCAAAAACUCGGUAAUUUAUGUGAAACCAGCUGGAGAGCGCCAGACCAUUGCCAGAUCCUAUGAUCUUUUUGCGUGAAAGAGUAAGGAACAUACACCUUUUUCAGUUUGGGAGGUGGAGCGAGCGAACGAAUCGUUCAGAUUCGCGUAAACCCAUUAGGGGGCUCACGGUGCCGCUCACCCCACUUUGGAAAUUGGACGAAGCUUCAGUAAAAUUUUUGUUUUGAUAGGAUUGUGUAUGUUAUUUUUCAUGAUUUAAUUCUUAUUCAGGGAGUGUGGGUGGGUGAAGGAUAAAUAAAUGUGCAUUACAUACAAACAGAAAAUUCGCAUACAUCUGUGUAAAUUA